GCCACCUUAUGGUGGUGAUUUCAAUUGGUCCUCUUCUCUCUUUUGCCUGGUCCACCGCGUGUCUGCUCUUUCUUUCUUUGUUCCUUUGUUCCUCUCUUUCAAUUUGGAAAGGUAUUGCGAUUGUAUUCACCUGAACAUUCAGGGAAACCACCUGACCCUAAUGUGAAACUAAAACCAUCUGAUAAAAAACCUUCAAAGUGUCAGGUAUGCAAGAAUAGGUCUCUGUGUGUGUUUGUAUAUAUAGAGGGAUACAGCCUACACAAUAGAACCUAUCAGCAAAGGUUGCUUUCUUUAUUGUCAUUGUCUUAUCCUUUGCUCAUUUUCUCAAGCAUAUCAAUCCAAGCCAAGAGCUCACAUUCUUCAAAAGCAACCUUACUAUCAACCCAUUUUGUUUCUUUUGUAUUAUACCUACCGAAAAUGAAGUUUGGGAAAGAGUUCAAAGCCCAAAUGGUCCCAGAAUGGCAGGAAGCAUACAUGGAUUAUGAUUUUCUGAAAACCCUUUUGAAAGAGAUUCAAAGAUUCAAGCAAAGAAACAAACCACCAGCCACCCCAGGUAGUGGCCUGAAGAGAAAGCUAACUCUGUAUAGAGCUUUCAGUGGCUUAACGCAGAGAAACAACCACAACCCUGAGAGCCCUUCUUCUUCUGACAUCGAAAGCCAAGCCAUUUUGGUUAAUUCUGUUAACCGUGAUGGCUCUCAAAACUAUGAGACUACUUUCCUUAUGUCUUCAGAUGAAGGAGGAGAGUAUGAGCUGGUGUAUUUUAGAAGGCUUGACGAUGAGCUAAAUAAGGUGAACAAGUUUUAUAAGGAUAAAGUUGAAGAGGUAAUGAAGGAAGCUGCCAUGUUAAAUACUCAAAUGGAUGCUUUGAUUGCUUUUAGGAUCAAAGUGGAGAAUCCUACUGGCUGGUCUGAUAGGACAGGUGAUAUGACUCGUCUUGCUUCUGAUGUUGCAGCUUCUGCUGCUACAUUGGCAGCUUCCACUCCUUCUGGAGCUAGAGCAACCAGAAGAGUUCAUAUAUUGGAUUCAAUUGAAGAAGGUCCAGGCCUGCAUGACGAUGAACAAUCCGUCAAGUCAACAGAUGACAGAGAGGAGGAGAACGGUGGCAUUAAGGUAGAAGCAGUGGAGAAGCAGAAGCAAAAGAAAGUUAGAGGCACUAGACCAGCUCCUUUGGAGAUACUAAACCAUGUGAAAAUGAACAACACACUUGCGACUCCUCGCUCCACCAUUAAAGGCUUCCUCAAAGUUCCCCAUAAUACAGAACUGAAAUUCACAAGAGAAAAUCUUAGGAGAGUUGAAGAGCAACUCAAGCGUGCUUUCGUUGAGUUUUACCAAAAGCUUCGGCUCCUUAAGAGUUACAGCUUCUUGAAUACAUUAGCUUUUUCGAAAAUCUUGAAGAAGUAUGAUAAGAUUACUUCAAGAGGUGCUUCGAAAUCUUACAUGAAAAUGGUGGACAACUCCUACCUUGGCAGCUCCGAUGAGGUAACAAAAGUCAUGGAAAGGGUUGAAGCUACAUUCAUUAAGCAUUUCUCAAACUCAAAUCGGAGCAAGGGAAUGAGCAUCUUAAGACCAACAGCGAAAAGAGAAAGGCACAGGACAACAUUCUCUACGGGUAAAAUUUCUGUUGAUAUCACAACUGCUUUGCUUAAUUACAUGAAAAUUUCACAUAUUCAUUGGUGUUGUAUUAAUCCCUUCUAUUGGAAAAGUUCAGGUUUUUUCUCUGGCUGCACGGCAGCUCUCAUAAUAGCCCUUGUUUUGAUCAUACGUGCCCGCAAUAUCAUGGAUAAGCCAGGGAAAGAAGCAUACAUGAAAACCAUGUUUCCUCUUUACAGCUUGUUUGGGUUCAUUGUCCUGCACUUGCUAAUGUAUGCUGCUAAUAUAUACUUCUGGAGGCGAUACAGAGUGAAUUAUUCCUUCAUAUUUGGAUUCAAACGAGGAACAGAAAUGGGCUAUCGACAAGUUCUCCUCGUUGGUUUUGUUGUUGCGGUGCUAGCACUGAUCAGUGUUCUCUCAAAUCUCGACAUGGAGAUGGACCCUAAAACAAAACAAUAUAAGCAAUUUACAGAACUUCUCCCUCUCUUCCUGGUUAUACUUCUCCUUGUUCUGCUGUUCUUGCCAUUCAAUGUCCUAUACCGCUCAGCUCGCUUCUUCCUUCUCACAUGUCUCUUUCACUGUAUUGCAGCUCCUCUCUACAAGGUUGCACUCGCUGAUUUCUUCUUGGCAGAUCAACUGACCAGCCAAGUACAAGCCAUCAGAAGUCUGGAGUUCUACAUCUGCUACUAUGGUUGGGGAGACUAUAAACGCAGAGAAAACACUUGCAAAACAAGUGGUGUAUACAACACAUUCUACUUCAUCGUUGCUGUGAUUCCAUACUGGGCCCGUCUUCUUCAGUGUCUCCGGCGUUUGUUUGAAGAGAAAGAUCCAAUGCAAGGGUACAAUGGAUUGAAGUAUUUCGUAACAAUAGUAGCUGUCUCCCUGAGGACAGCUUACAGUCUCAGCAAAGGGACUGCUUGGCAAGUUAUUGCUUGGGUUUUUUCAGUAAUAGCAGCAAUCUCUGGUACAUACUGGGAUCUAGUUAUUGACUGGGGACUUCUUCAGCGCCAUUCCAAGAACCGCUGGCUGAGAGACAAACUCCUUGUCCCUAACAAAAUUGUAUACUAUGUAGCCAUAGUCUUGAAUGUGCUGCUGAGGUUUGCUUGGUUGCAGACUGUCUUGAAUUUCAGAUUCUUUUCUUUACACAGAGAAACUUCAAUAGCCAUUGUUGCUAGUCUUGAGAUCAUUCGACGUGGCAUAUGGAAUUUCUUCAGGUUGGAGAAUGAGCAUCUGAACAAUGUAGGAAAAUAUCGUGCAUUCAAAUCCGUACCACUACCUUUCAACUAUGACGAGGACGAUGACAAAGAUGAAUAGCUACCCUUUUAUUUUAUAAGCAUUAGGUGAAACUGGAGAAUAUAACACAUCAAGCUAAGAAAAAUUUAAUUUGAAAUCUGACGGUGUUCAUAAUUUUUGACAGCAACAGAUAUAAAAAUAAAAAAAAAUGGAAAAGGGUAUGUAUUAUUUUUGUAGGGGCGGCAGAAGAAGUGGUUAUGUGAAAUUGUAUAUUGAACCCAAUUUUCCAAAUGAUUUGUAUUCUUUAUUCUAUUAUUUUGAUUUUUGGUUUCUCUUGGAUUUA